UACGAACGGUUAUAUAUUAGGUACUUAUGGUGGUUAUGGCUGGUGUGGCGGUGUAUAAUUGAUAGACGGAAUUUGGUGCCAUACCGAUCUGUCAGAUAGCAGAGUUAUAGUUUGUAAGAAGCAGAAUGUUAAAGCCAAAAGCUUUAACUCAGAUUUUGAGCCAAGCUAACACAGGUGGUGUUGAAAAUACCUUACUGCUUAACCAGGAAGGUGCACUGUUGGCAUACAGUGGAUAUGGAGACAAAAAUGCUAGAGUAACUGCAGCCAUUGCAAGCAAUAUCUGGUCGGCUUAUGAGAAGAAUGGCCGCAAUGCUUUUAAAGAAGAUCGAUUGCAGUUAGUUCUAAUGGACUGUAUGGAAGGGAAAGUAGCCAUUACUCAAGUUGCUAACCUUCUCCUAUGUCUUUAUGCAAAAGAUACAGUUGCACUUGGCCUUCUUAAGCAAAAGGCACAAGCCCUGGCUGAAUAUUUGAAUGGACCUCUGAAGAAAGUUGCAACAUCCUGAUCAAUCUUUAUUUUGAAUAUUUUUGUCUGUUAUUAAGAUUUAUUAUACGUUGUAAAAAACAUGGAAGACUUUUGAAGGUGGUAUAAUAUUGUGAAUUAUGGUUUUGAAGAAUGCCAUCUUCUGGGAUGUGGCAAUGUGUAGAUCUUGUGUGAACCAACGUUUCGGAGGAAUGUAUCGU